CAGUCACAGACGAAGAAGCUAUCUGUGUAGAGUUGGAAGAGAUGGAUGCCUCUGAAUCUCCACUCUCCACCUCUCCAUCCCCGCCCCCCUCUUUCAGCCCGCAGCGCCAUUUCUACCUCGCUGUGGAUAGACUCCAAUUCAAGAUGGAAACCCUUUUAGGUCUCCUAGGCAUGGCUGGGAGGCGUCCUUCUCUUCCGAUGAUUGUAUGCUGCAGCACACGAGACGAGCUCGAUACCAUAUGCUCCAAUCUCUCUAGCCUAUCGACUUAUGUUUCUGUAUCCCCGCUAUACAGCGAUCUUUCGGAAGCCGAAAGAGCGGAGGUUUUGGAUAGGUUUAGGCAGGCCACUAUGAGAUGGAAUAGCUUAGGAAGAGGGGAGGAAGCUGUUGGAGAAGGUGAUGAGGAGCGAAAAUCGUAUGUUGUCAUUGUUACCGAUGCCUGCCUUCCGCUUCUUGGAUCUGUUGAGGCGCCUCUUUGU